AUGAGUAGAGGCAUUCUGAUUGCAAUUGAUAGAGGAGGAACCUUCUGUGAUGUCAUAGCUGAGAUCCCUGGACAGGAAGAUUACAUCUUCAAGCUUUUAUCUGUUGAUCCACUCAACUAUAAGGAUGCUCCAAGAGAAGGAAUUCGGAGGGUCCUUGAACGAGCACAUGGCAGGUCAAUUCCCAAGGAGGAGAAAUUGAAAUUAGAUUCAAUUGAAAGUAUUCGUAUGGGUACGACUGUUGCCACCAAUGCGCUUUUGGAACGGAAGGGUUCACCAGUACUUUUGGUUACCACCAAGGGGUUUGGUGACGUUUUAAAAAUUGGUAAUCAAACCAGACCUCAUAUUUUUGAUCUUACUGCCCGGAAAUUGGGACAUCUUUAUGAGCAAGUUCUUGAAGUUGACGAGCGGAUCACCCUUGAAGGGUUCUCGGAAGGAGGUGGUAGUAAGUUAGAACUUUGCAAAGAGAACGAGGAUGACAAUGUGGUUAAAGCUCAAUCUGGAGAUGUAAUUAGAAUAAUUAGGAAGCCAGAUUUGAAUGAUGUGAAGGCGAAGCUUCAACAGAUUUGGGAUCAAGACAAAAUCAAAACAAUUGCCUUAUCCUUUUUGCAUUCGUAUAUUUAUCCUGAUCAUGAACUACAAGUAGCUAAAGUGGCACGGGAAAUUGGGUUCCAGGUGUCUGUAUCUUCAGAGUUACAACCUAUGAUUGGAAUGGUCAGUAGAACAUCUUCCACUGUGGCUGAUGCUUAUCUUUCUCCCAUCAUCAACGAAUACAUUAGGUCAUUCAGUUCUGGGUUUGAAGGAGGAAUCGAAGCCUUUGGUAAUAAGCUUCUUUUCAUGCAAUCGAAUGGUGGGUUAUGUCCCUGGUACAAGUUCACGGGGUUAAAGGCAAUCUUAUCAGGACCAGCUGGUGGUAUGGUUGGUUAUGGUGAGACUUGUUAUGACUUGGUAUCUCAAAAGGCUACCAUUGGAUUUGAUGCUGGUGGUACUUCAACAGAUGUUUCAAGAUAUGCUGGGACUCUUGAUCAUAUCUUUGAGACUGUUGUUAGCGAAGUCAGUUUACAAACUCCGCAAUUGGACAUAUCCACUGUUGCCGCUGGUGGUGGGUCUAUUCUUUUCUGGAGGAAUGGGUUAUUUGUAGUUGGACCUGAUUCUGCUGGAUCUGAUCCUGGUCCUGCUUGUUAUCGUAAGGGUGGUCCACUUACAGUUACUGAUGCCAACCUUUUCCUUGGAAGACUUUGCCCUGAAGAGUUUCCUAAUAUCUUUGGACCUAAUCAUGAUCAACCUCUUGAUAUUGACACCACUAAGCGUAAGUUUCAAGAAUUAACAGAUCAGAUUAACAAAGACCAGAAAAAUACUACCAUCGAAUUGACUCCUGAAGAAGUAGCAAUGGGGUAUCUUAAAGUAGCUGUUGAAUCGAUGGCUAGACCAAUUAGAAACUUGACUGAGGCUAAAGGAUUAAGUACUGGUGAUAAUAAUUUGGCUUGUUUUGGAGGUUCAGGCUCUCAAUUUGCAGUAUCAUUAGCAUCUAAUUUGGGUAUUAAUCAUGUUUCUAUUCAUAAAUAUGCUUCUGUGCUCUCUGCUUAUGGUAUACUAUUGGCUGACAUUGUCAUAGAAAAGCAAGCUCCAACAUCGUUAGUGUAUGCUAAAGAAAGUUUGGAAACAAUUGAAGAUAGAGUUAAUCGACUUACUGAAGAAGCAUUUGAAGAAUACAAGAGUCAGAACCUUACGCAGUUUACUACUCGUGUUGAGGCUUUCUUGAAUAUGAGAUAUGUGGGAUCAGAUACCCAUUUGUUGAUUCCCUAUACGUUGGGAGUUGAAAAGUUGGAUAAAAAGUUCAUUCAACGACAUCAAAAUGAGUUUGGGUUUGUUCUUGAUAGAUCAGUGUUAGUUGAUGAUAUUCAGGUCUUACUUGUUGUUCAAAACAGUGAGGAUACCAAGGAAAAUCCAUUUGAGGAGUUUAGAUCAUUGCAAGUAACAACAAGUGAAAUUGUUGAUCCAUUAUAUGUUAAGAAGAUUUACUUUGAAGGUAAGGACUGGAUGGAUGCCCGGGUUUAUGAUUUAGAUAAAUUAAACGAAGGAAAUGUGAUCCCAGGUCCUGCUAUUAUUAUCAAUUCAACUUUAACUAUACUAGUGGAACCUCACUCUAACGCUAACAUAUUGAAAAAUCAUGUUCUAAUUGAGGUAGAGAAUGAAAAGAAGCCAGAUUUGUCUGACAAGGUUGUCGAUCCUAUUCAAUUGUCGGUGUUUGGUCAUAGAUUUAUGUCUAUUGCAGAACAAAUGGGUAGAACAUUACAACAAACGGCUAUAUCCACAAACAUAAAAGAGAGAUUAGAUUUCUCUUGUGCUUUGUUUGAUGGGAAUGGAGAUUUAGUAGCCAAUGCUCCUCAUGUUCCUAUUCAUUUGGGUGCUAUGUCCUUUGCAGUUAAAGCUCAAAAGGAGAUGUGGGAAGGGAAGUUAGAACAGGGGGAUGUUUUGGUUACAAAUCAUCCAAGUGCUGGAGGUUCUCAUUUACCGGAUAUCACUGUCAUUACUCCUGUAUUGGAUGAGAAGAAUAUCCCUAUAUUCUGGGUGGCAUCUAGAGGACAUCAUGCCGACAUUGGCUCUAUUGCUGCUGGGUCUAUGCCACCAAACUCCAAAACCAUUUAUGAUGAAGGUGCUGCUAUAGUCACUUUCAAAUUAUGUUCCAAUGGAGGGGUCUUUGACGAAGCUGGAAUCACCAGAUUGCUUUACGAUGAACCUGCAAAGCAUCCAGGUGGGAGUGGAACCAGAGCCUUAAGUGACAAUAUUUCUGAUUUAAAGGCACAAGUUUCUGCUAACUACAAGGGUAUUGGAUUAUUACAGAAUUUAGUGGAUUCGUUUGGACUCUCGGUCAUUAAUUUGUAUAUGAGUGCCAUUCAAUCCACUGCAGAAGUUGCCGUACGUAACCUUUUGAAGAUCACAUUUGAAAGAUUUGAAGGGAAGAAGUUGAAAGCCAUUGAUUAUUUGGAUAAUGGCUGUGCUAUAUCAUUGGAAAUAAAUAUUGAUAAGAGGACUGGUGAUGCAAUAUUUGAUUUCACUGGCUCUGGUGAUGAAAUGUAUGGGAAUUUGAAUGCACCAAGAGCCAUUUUAUAUUCAGCGGUUCUUUAUGUAUUACGAGCAUUGAUUUCAAUGGAUAUUCCCUUGAAUAAUGGAUGUUUGCGUCCUAUUAAGUUCAAGACAAGGCCCGGAUCAGUUGUUGACCCUUCCACAGAAGCAGCAGUAGUAGGAGGGAAUGUUGAAACCACCCAAAGAAUUGUUGAUGUUAUGUUAAAGGCAUUCGAAGCAGCAGCUGCUUCUCAAGGAACUUGUAACAACUUUACCUUUGGAAUUACCGAUAAAGCUAAUGGUGUUUCAUUUGGGUAUUAUGAGACUAUCUGUGGUGGAUCAGGUGCUGGACCCACUUGGGAUGGACAAUCUGUGGUUCAAUGCCAUACAACAAACACUAGAAUUACCGAUACUGAACUCUUUGAAAAGAGGUAUCCAGUCAUAGUACAUGAAUAUUCCGUUAGAACUGGCUCUGGAGGUAAAGGUUAUCAUAGAGGAGGUGAUGGAGUAAUCAGAGACAUUGAAUUCAAGUACACGGGACUUGAAGUGUCUUGCUUGAUGGAAAGAAGAUCUAUGGCACCAUUUGGACUUUUAGGAGGUCAAGAUGGGUUAAGAGGCAAGAAUUAUUGGUUAAGAAAGACAGAAGAUGGUGGUGAAUAUAGAAGAAUAGCUCUUGAUGGCAAAUGUACUGUUAAGGUGUCCAGUGGAGAUCGAAUAAUCAUUCAAACUCCUGGUGGUGGUGGAUUUGGUAACACUGGGGGGACAAGUUCAAAGUAUGAUAUAGUUGAGCCUCAACCCAGUAUUUUAACCGGAUCUGUUGGCAAUAAGAAUCUUAUUGAAACCACCAACUAA